AUGAUACAGAGCGGCCAUCCUUCGUCGCACCCGCAGGUGCUCGUGGUCCCGCUCGAACGCCGACCGCUGAUGCCCGGGGUGAUCAUGCCCGUGAGGAUCUUCGACGAGAAGCUCAUCGCGGAGCUCGAGGAGAUGAAAUCGCGCGGACAGGCGUACGUCGGGGCGUUCCUGAAGAAGUCGGACGCGACGGGACCGGCGGCGGUAAAUGCGGCGGCCGGCGACGCGCCCUCCGACGAGUCCCUGAACUGGGACCCGAGCGACGACAUGCACGACGUGGGGACGUUCGCGCAGGUGAACAACAUCAUUCGAAUCGGCGGCGUGACGCUGCUCCUUCUCGGGCACCACCGCCUGCGGAAGACGCAGACGAUGCGCUCGGACCCGAUGGUCGUCGGCGUGGAGCAUCUGAAGGAUAAGCCGCACAAGCCCGCCGAGGACGACGACGUCUUGAAAGCGACCGCGAACGAGGUCAUCGCGACGAUCAAAGAUCUCCUGAAAGUGAACCCGAUGGCGAAAGAGACGCUGCAGUACUUCGCGCAGCGGUUCUCGGACUUUCAAGACCCCGCGAAGCUCGCGGACUUGGCGACGUCCAUGUGCAGCGCGGACGACCAAGCCAUGCAGGACAUUCUAUCCACCGUCGACGUGAGGGACCGCCUGAACAAGGCGUUGACGCUGCUGAAGAAAGAGGUCGAGCUCGGGAAGCUCCAGGCGGACAUCGGCCGACGCGUCGAGGAGAAGAUCAGCGGCGACCAGCGGAAGUACUUCUUGAUGGAGCAGCUCAAGAGCAUCAAGAAGGAGCUCGGGAUGGAGCGGGACGAUAAAACGGCGCUCGCGGAAAAGUUUGCGGAAAAGUUUGCCGCGUUCAGGGACCAAGCCCCCGCGCACGCGGUGAAGACGAUCGAAGAAGAACUCCAGAAGCUCUCUGGGUUGGAACCCUCGUCCAGCGAGUUUAACGUCACGCGCAACUACCUGGAGUGGCUCACGUCGAUUCCGUGGGGACACAGCAGCGAGGAACGCCUCGACAUCACGGAGGCGUCGAAGGUCUUGGACGACGAUCACUACGGUCUCGAGGACGUGAAAGAGCGCAUCUUGGAGUUCAUCGCGGUCGGGCAGCUGCGCGGGACGACGCAGGGGAAGAUCAUCACUCUGGUCGGCCCUCCCGGCGUAGGGAAGACGUCCAUCGGGCAGUCCAUCGCGCGGGCGUUGGAUCGUAAAUUUUUCCGCUUCAGCGUCGGCGGCUUGUCCGACGUCGCGGAGAUAAAAGGCCACCGACGGACGUACGUCGGCGCGAUGCCGGGGAAGCUCGUGCAGUGCCUCAAGAGCACGGGGGUGGAUAACCCGGUGGUGUUGAUCGACGAGGUCGACAAGCUCGGACGCGGGUACCAGGGCGACCCCGCGAGCGCGUUGCUGGAGCUCUUGGACCCGGAACAGAACGGCUCGUUUCUCGAUCACUACCUCGACGUCCCCGUGGAUCUGUCCAAAGUUUUGUUCGUGUGCACCGCGAACGUGUUAGACACGAUCCCGGGGCCGCUGCUCGACAGAAUGGAAGUCGUGCGACUCAGCGGGUACAUCGCGGACGAGAAGAACGCGAUCGCGCGGAGGUACCUCGAGAAGAACGCGAAAGAGCGCAGCGGCGUCGGCGAGAGCGAAGCGUCAAUCACGGAUCAGGCGAUGAAGUCGCUCAUCGAGGACUACUGCCGCGAAGCGGGCGUGCGGAACUUACAGAAGCACCUGGAGAAGAUCUAUCGCAAAGUCGCGCUGAAGCUCGCCAAGUCGAAAGGCCCGGAGGCGUCCAAACGCGUCGGCGAGGCGCGCGCGAAAGAGGAGGUCGCGGAGGCGAAGCAACAGCUCGCUGACGCGGAGAACGGCGUCAAGGACGCGAUCGACGCGUCCGCGGUCGCGGGCGAGCACGCGAUCGCGGUCGACGCCGGGAAGGACCUCAUCGAAUACGUCGGCCAGCCGCCGUUUCAGACGGACAGAAUCUACGAGACGACGCCGCCCGGGGUGGUCACCGGCCUCGCGUGGACGUCCAUGGGCGGCUCGACGCUGUACAUCGAGUGCACCGCGGUGCAACAGAACGUCCGAUCCGCGGAGAACGGCGAGGAAGGCGGCGGCUCAAAAGGCGGCACGCUGAAGACGACCGGGCAGCUCGGGGACGUCAUGAAGGAGUCGACGACCAUCGCGCACACCUACGCGCGCGCGUUUUUACAACGCAAACACCCGGGCAACACCUUCUUCGACGACACCGCGCUGCACGUGCACGUCCCCGCGGGGUCGACGCCAAAGGACGGGCCGUCCGCGGGGUGCACGAUGAUCACCGCGAUGGUGUCGUUGGCGACCGGGAAGCCGGUCAGGCCGAACCUCGCGAUGACCGGAGAGGUUACGCUGACGGGCAUCGUGAUGCCGAUCGGGGGGGUCAAGGAGAAGACGAUCGCGGCGCGGCGGAGCGGCGUGACGACGAUUUUGUUCCCGGAAGGGAAUCGGAGGGACUACGACGAGCUGUCCGACGAGGUGAAGAGAGGGAUCGAGGUGCACUUCGUGAGCACGUACGACGAGGUGUACGAGCACGCGCUCGGGUGGGACGAGGCGAAGCCGGCGUGAGCGUUGAGGGAUUGUGAUUUUAAUUCGUCGUCGAUUCGAUCCGCCGUGGGCGCGUCGUUCGUUUCGUUCGUUC